GACGAUUAUUUUUUAUUGGAAAAAAAAGGGUUAAAAACAAUAAAUAAUGUUUAAACCAUCCCAAAUUUUGAAAGGAGCGAAAAGGCUUCCGAUGACAUCUAAACAGGGUCGUCAGUUCUACAAAGGAUCUCGAACAGGCUCAAUGGGAAGACAUACAAAACGAGGUGGUUAUAUCAUUGAUUGGGCUAAAGUUAGAACAUUUAUUGUUCCAAGUGGACUUGAUACGACAUCAUUAAAGCCAUUUGUGACAAUGAAAGUGCGGCCAAUGCGUUCUACUUUUGGACCGGGUCAAAAACAUGGAUUUGAUGGUAAUCUAUAUUAUAAACAAUGGAAAGAAGAGAAUUCAGAAGAGAAUUCAGAAGAGAAAAGAGAAAAUAUUGGUGAAAACUGAAAAAGAAUAUUUAAAAUUAUAUUAUGAUUGAAACGAAAGGGGGGUU